UGUCUCGUCGCCGUGGACGUCGCAGGUCCUCGUCGUUGCGUUCGCGCCGUCCCGCCGUAUCCGCGAGUGCACCUGUUGGGGCUGCCACCUUAGUGGGGCGCCGCGGCCCGACAUGGGGCCGUUCGUGUGAUUGUGUGUGUGCUUAGGUGUUUCCAGUGAUGGUGGAUAUGCAGUGCAGUGUCAGUGAGUGCUAAAACAAGAAGAAUACAGAUGAUCAGUGACAGCGACAUCAUGAGUUCGUACCAGUUCGUCAACUCGCUAGCCUCGUGCUACGCGAAUCAGUCGCAGCAACAACAGCAGCAGCAACAGCAGUCCCGCACGGGGCCGUCCCCGGUGGACAGCCACCACCAGCAGCACCCAACGACGGCCACCUCGCCCGGGGGCGACUAUUACAACGGCAACGGCAGCUACAGCGCGUCGCCGACGUGCUACUCGCCCCAGGGCUACCCGCAGCAGGGCUACGGACACAUGCCCGGCGACAUGAUGGACUACACCCAGCUGCACCCCGCGCAGCGGUCGCACCUCCAGCACCACAUGCCGGCCAGCCCGGGGCCCGGGCCGGCGCCCCAGACCCCGAGCGGGCUGCUGAGCCCCGUCGGCAGCGGCAGCUGCAAGUACGAGGCCAUGGCCAGCGGCAUGGCGCCGUCCGUCAGCUCCCCCCAGGACCUGAGCAGCUCGUCGUCCUCCGUCGCCAAAGGGACGUCGUCGUCCACCAGCAAGGCGGCCGCCUCGUCGUCCGUCACGUCGCCUGUGACGAUCAGCACGCGGCCGUCGUCCUCGGCGUCGCCAGGCCUCAACGAGGCGUCGCCGUCGCCCGCCUCGUCGACGUCGUCCACCUCGAGUGGCAACAACAACAACGGGUCGUCCAAGUCGGGCGGCGGCUCGUCGGGUGCGUCCGGCAACCCUCCGCAGAUCUACCCGUGGAUGAAGCGCGUGCACCUCGGACAGAGCACCGUCAACGCCAACGGCGAGACGAAGCGGCAGCGGACGUCCUACACCCGCUACCAGACCCUGGAGCUGGAGAAGGAGUUCCACUUCAACCGCUACCUGACGCGUCGCCGGCGCAUCGAGAUCGCCCACGCGCUCUGCCUCACGGAGAGGCAGAUCAAGAUCUGGUUCCAGAACAGGCGCAUGAAGUGGAAGAAGGAGCACAAGAUGGCCAGCAUGAACAUCGUGCCGUACUACCACAACAUGAGCAUGUCGGCGAUGACGAACUACGGCGGGUACCCGUCCCCGCACCAGUUCGCACCCCCCGCGCACCACGCGCAGUUCACGCACCUGACCACCUAGUAUUAGACCGCCGUCUCAAUGGGCCUCGGCCUGGGCGCGGCGGGCGCGGUCUCCAGAGCCCCCGCCGCCCCCAGCGCGGCCGCCCCCGGAGCCGCCCCCGGAGGGGCCCACGCCACCGCCGCCGCCCCCUGCGGACCCAUUGACCCCGACGGCGUACUCAAGUACAGCCCCUCGCCGCAGCCCGGCGAGGAGUACUGGUGAGGACCCCACCAGUGUGACGUGUGUGAUAAAAAAAAGGACGCUCUCGGGCGGGUUGAGUAGUGUUACAGAAGAGUGAUUACUACUAUACGUUACGUAGGGACGAUUUUCACAUAACGCCCUAGGGGUGUUAUACCUUAUUCUACUAGUCACAUUACAAAAAAAAUGAGGUUGAAGAAGAGGACUUUUUAAUUGGGGAUUUCAGACGGACUCGGUGUAGUUUCUUAAUCCCGUUAUAAUUCUUUUUUACCAGAUGAUGUGUGAGAAUGUGAUGAUUCUUUUGGUUCGGCAGUAAAACGGUUUGCAAAAGCUGAACGACCACGUCGGUGGGAAGACUGUUUAACGAGACAUGCCAAAACUGGCUAAAACUCUGGAUGUAAUUUAAAAGAUUAAAUAUAUUUGGCAUGUUAUCUUUUUUUGUUUUUUUGUUUUUUGGCCAUCUGAAAUGUUUCCAAAUUGUCAACCCUUUAAGCUCACCAACCAGUUGUUAAGCUUUUGAUUUGUAUCGCUGUGUUUGUGUAUCUGGAAUGUGAUAUUUGAUAUUUUGUGCACAUAUAGCUGAAUUGAUGUAGUUAAUUUGGUUUGAACAUGUCUAACAGUGAUAUUAGUUGUCUACAGAUAGAUUUAUAUACUCGAAUAGUGUCAAAGCUUCAUACAAAACUUAAAUGACAAGUUCAUGUGUUAUUUAUGAGACACAGGCAGACGUGAACGUACCUUCAUGCUUAAUUGUGAAUUGUCAUGUUUUAGAUCUUUUGACUGCUUUUACCUACUUUAUGUAAAUGUUUGGUAACAUUCCAUUAAUGUCUUUGUUUAGGCUUAGACACAUCUUUUAAGGGAAAAAAAGAUUUAAAAAAAAAGACACUGCUUUGAAAGAGGCGUGUCAGCAACAGUUGCAUUGGACAACAAUUAUAUACCCUAUGGCGGGUUGUCGUCAUAUGUUUAUUUGUCAAAUUUGCCGGAGAAAGGUGCGAGUGACUAAAAUAUGUAACAUCAUUCAAACACGAAAGUUCAGUUCAUGCCAGAGCAACAGUAUCGUUUUUCUUGCUAAAUGAAAUUGGAAAGGACACGGUCUUCACGUUAAAUCUAAGAUUUAUUGAAGGAGAUUUUUGGCCUAUUCGAGUAAUGAUACUCGUUGCUCCAAGCAUACGCAUGGCGCACCAAUUGGUGCGUUGCAAUGAUCUCAAUUCUGUGAGCUAAAUCGCUCGAAAAUAAACUUUAGAAACACCUUUGUUUCUUAGAAAUGUGUUGUACAUUUGUGAAAUAGAGUUCGAAACUUAUGUUUGUUUGAUUCGUUUUUGUUAACAAAUUACGUUGUAUCAUUAUUUUUUGUUAAAUGUACAGAUACUUUUGUCAAUGAAAACACGGUUAUGUCUUUGAGAAAUGUUACGACUUGCUUACAUCGAGAUAAGAGUUUCAUAGUAUUUGAUUUUUUUUUCAACUUGUGAACACAGAACAUACAUGUUUUAGCUGUUUCUUACUGUUGAUUGUUACGUAAGGCUCAAUUUACCAUUUUAGAAAAUCAGUUGUUGAAUGUCUGAAAUAUAUAGUACAUUGCGUCAAACCAAAUAUGAGAUUGUGUCACAAUCAAUGACCCAAAUUACAUCUUAUGUUAUAAAAGUAAAGUGCAAUCAACAAUCUGAGUCAUUCUUAUACCAAAUCUUAUAAAAUCAGUGUAGAGGUUCGUUUUUUGUUAUUUGUUCUUCGAUAAACUCGGCACUCAUUACUAAGAAGCGUCUCAGUAGGAGGGACAGGAAAUUAUCCGUACUUCUGACUCCUUAAGACCCAGUAUUUUUUAUAUACAUACGAUAUAUAUUUUGCAUAUAGCUUAACUGUGUAGUGAUGAUUGUGUACACAUAUUUCAUCGUCCUACGGCCCGCUCCUGUGAUUUGAUAGGACGACCAAAUUUUGUCAUAAUUGUUUUAUUAUUAUUUAUCUAUUGUUUUAUUCUGUAAAAUGUUUCAACCCUUACAAAUAAUGAUUAUAAUUAUUAUAGAAAAGUCGUGAAGUGUCUAUACUGUGUACAAAACAGAUUUUAUGAAAAUAAAAAGUGCAAUAAGAUCCAAGCGUUCCAGAAACAAA